AUGGAUGAAUCUGCACUCAACAUUACAAUGACCAAAGCCGGAAUGACGGAGACUUUGAACCCUACACAUCAUAUAUCCAAGGGCAAUUGGCGUCAAGGUCUGUGGAAUGCCAGUAAGGAAGAAGGAUGGCCCUGGGAAUGCGAUACUAUUGUGGUCCUCAAUAGCAGCCCUCAUUGGACAACUUGGCCCCUUCAUCCUGCGACAGACAAGCACAUUAUCAAAGGUUAUACCACAACAAUGGCUAGUGUACAGGAAUUUUUUGCCAGUCUGCCGCCCAGGCCUAUAAUGGCAUUCAUCUGUGCUACAGUGGCUGCGCACCAAAACUGUAACGUCCACUCAAGCCCAGUACCUGCCAACUCAACUACAGCAUCUGAUUCUGCUCCUCCUGGGGAUAAGUUCGGGUGGCACCUCUUUGCAACAUUCAACCGCAUUGCACAGGAAUUCUUCUUGACCCCAAAAAUGCGGUUUCAGAUAUAUGGGCGAUGA